GACACUGCUUGGCUUACUUCUCAGUACAGCAGAGCGUAGCGAUGACACGACCGUGGUGCCUCUCAGAUGCGUUUUAAAUGAUACAUUAUACAUUCAGUACGAAACCAGAGGAUAUUUCCGUGCAACCAGAGUAGAUCCAAUUGAUGCCGAGAUGGGAAAUUCAUAUGCUGGGCAGCUGAAGACAACACGUUUUGAAGAAGUCUUACACAAUUCCAUCGAGGCCUCCCUUCGCUCCAAUAACAUAGUGCCCAGACCUGUCUUCUCUCAGCUUUAUCUUGAAGCUGAACAGCAGAUCACAUCACUGGAAGCUGGCAGAAUAGAAAACAAAGACGAUGAUGAAGACGAUGGAUCAGAGUCUAGCAGCCCUCCAAUUCCUUACCAGAUGAAACCUCCCCCCGAAGGAGCCUGUACCAUAGAUGGAUUCUGUCAGUCAGGGAAGGACCUGCGUCUGGCUUUUAUAUCAAAUGAGCAAAUGGAGGUCCCGCUAGGAUUUCUAUUGGUUGGAGUGAAAUCUCCUAACCUGCCUGAUCACCUCCUGGUGUCUGUGGUGGACCGCAGGUUUCUACCAGAUGACAACGGACGGAAUGCUCUGUUAGGGUUUUCUGGUAACUGCGUUGGAUGUGGAGAGAAGGGGUUUCGCUAUUUCACAGAAUUCUCCAAUCACAUCAAUCUUAAACUAACAACCCAACCAAAGAAACAGAAGCACUUAAGGUGUUACCUCAUCAGAAAUGCACAAGGGGCUCUCACACAAGGACCCCUCAUCUGCUGGAGAGGCACAGAAAGCAGAGGAAGGCAGACUAACUCCAGCCCAAACACAAGCCUUCCUCCCCUGUGUCCACAAGGCCCAGGACAACUGGCAGCCCUUGACUCAGCAGAAGCUGUUUUAUCAGGAAGUCAGAGUGCUGUAACUGCUGCUCAACCUACAGGUAUACUUGCUGAACAGGCACUUCCCCCUCUGGUGUCAGGGGCUCCCACUGCACAUUACAAUGGCAAAGAUUGUCACAGACCCCAGCUCUCAUCAAGCAGCAGCAGCCAGCCAGCCAGGAAUGUUAACAGACCUUCAGUGAUAGGCACCUUAGCUAAUUCGGGUCCUCCUAAAAAACGCCACAAAGGCUGGUCUCCAGAGUCUCCUUCAGCUACGGAUAGUGCAAAGAACAACCCUGCGCCAGUCAGCAAUGGAAGUAAGGCUGACAGUGGGAGUUUGGCAUGCUUAUCUCAGCCCUCUCCUGCAGCCCCACUUCUUUCUCCUUUAGCGACCUCUGAGGAGCCUGUGGCUGUGCCUGACAACCUGCUGAAAAUAUGCAGGACUAGGCCGGUGAUUUUUAAAGGUCAUGGCAACUUGCCCUACCUCUGUGGAAAUGUAAAUGAUGUGAUAAUCAGCCCACUGUUGCAGUCCUGCUACCAGAAUUCCCAGGCUCUCCCCAGAGUUUAUGAGCAAUAUGGGGCUUCCCCCAUCCAGCCUCUUUCUGUGGAGAUGAUGAUGUUACUCACAGUCUACUACCUGGUUCAGCUUGCACCAGACCAGGUUCCCCUGAUUGAAGACUUGGAGCAGGUCUUCAUGCGCUCCUGGCAGGAAUCUCAUCUGACUGAAAUCAGGCAGUAUCAGCAGACAGCCCCUCAAGUGACUCCUCAGGCCCCGAGCCAGAUCCAACCUGUCACCCCAGCUCAGCUUCCCUGGCUGGCCAGGCUAGCCGCCAGCUCUAGCAACGACAGCGUUCAGAUUAUUGUGUCCACCAACACCCUGGCUGAAGGCCUAUCGGAAACUUUCAAGUACUUGGUUCAAGGCAAACUGGCACAAACCAACUUUGUAGUGAUCUUAUGCACUUCAGCAUCUCGGGGCACUGAGUCAUGUGUUGUGGUGACUGGAAAACACCAAGCCCGGGCGCUUGCGGAGAGCAUGUCCACUCCAAUCGAAUCUCUCAAGGAGAUUAACUAUGAGCUGGCCACUGGGAAAACAGACGCACUAAGAGCUUUCUUUAGUAGUAUCUGUCCAGAUAUGGAUACUUUACUGGAGACGUUUUAUCAGGAGAAAGGUGGCCGUGUUUCUUUGUCAAGCAAUCCUGAAUUGUCAGAGGAAACUGCAAAACAAGAAGGGCAAUGUUCUGAGCUCAUAGCUGAGUGGCAUCAAAUGCGUCCAAUCCAGUUGGCUGUGGCUCGGAAGCUACUUUCCCAUGUCUGUGCCAUUGCUGACUCCAGCACACAAAACCUAGACCUUGGCUCCUUUGAAAAAGUGGAAUUCCUGAUUUCUGUUCCUCCUUCAGAGGUGACCUUUCAACAGAUUGUGCUACAUCUUUGGAGCUCAGGAAUUUUGCUGGAGUUGGGACUGGAAAAGUACUGCAUGUCUAAGAAAGGAGCAGAGCAGUAUGUGGUGAAGCUUGACUCACAGGCCAAGGGAAAGAUUGACGCUUUCAUUCAAAAAUCCAGAGUGAACCCCUACACACUUUUUAUACUGGUUCAUGAUCAUGCCCAUUGGGAUCUAAGCAGUGGCGCUAGUGGUCCAAGCGAUUCCCCUGCAGGCCUGGUGGACAGACUGCUGAACUGCAGAGAAAUCCAGGAGGCCCCGAACAUUCUGACCCUUCAUGUCACAUCCUUCCCCUUCAGCCUGCAGACAAAGUACACGCGUGUCAGCCCCUACAACGAGAUCCACUGGCCUUCCACCUGCAACAAUGAUGUUGACUUGUACCAUGAGAACACAAAAUACUUUGGCCUCUCGGAGUUGAUUGAAUCAACACGCUCAGGACACAGCCUUCCUGUACUGAGAUAUGACAGCUCAUUCCAGGCAAUGGUGAUGGCUCUCGGAGAAAGGUUUCCUAAGCUUCACAGCGCUGUGAUAAGAACGUUCGUCCUAAUUCAGCACUAUGCAGUGGCCAUGAUGGCAGUAGCGGGUCUCUCCCAGAUGAAGAAAUAUACCUCGGUGGAAACGCUGGAAAUUAUCCAAAACCUCAUCAACGCCCCAGAACAGUGUCCGAGUCGCCAUGGCAGCAUGGUGCUGCUUAGGGUCCCCUCAGUCCAGCUGGCUGCUGUAGCUUAUGAGCGCCUGUGCCAAGUCAGAGAAAAGCUUGGCUUACAACAGCACUUCGAAAUCAUCUUGGGAAGUCCUAAUACUGCACUCACUGUUGGAAAGCACUUUUUGGAAAUGCUGAAAACAUGGCUGAAAAUACAAGAUGCUGACUGGGUUCCUCGUACAUAUUUGGAGUUGGAAGCCCUGCCAUGCAUACUGAUAUUUACUGGAAUGGACCCACAAGGAGAGUCGUUGCCAAGGUCUUUAAAGUACUGCGACCUUCGUUUAAUAAAUUCCACUUACCUGAUGAGGACAGCCCUGGAGCAGGAGCUGGGACUAACGGCAUACCUGGUCAAGUCACACAGGCCCAGUGAGAAGGUUCCAGCUAGUGACGUCACCGAAAGUGACCCGGAGAAACCGAGCAGCACAGACAACGAGGAGGAGGAGAUAGUGAUGGAACCACCCAACUCUCAAAAGAGAAGCCCUGUUAAGAGACAGCGGUCUUAUUCCCACGACUCUGCAGCCUCAUCUAGAUCUUCAAAAGCUUCAACAUUCUGCAGUGAAUCCACUCCUGCAACUGGCACAUCUGGGAAACAUCUUCAGUCUUCAGAGCUUUCUAACCCGGACAAGAGUGCUAAGGACCCAGACAAGAACCAGCUAGACAGCAGUUUAAAAGUAACAGUCAAUGAAAGCAGCACUUCCUGUGACCCGCAAACAAGGAAAACCACAGGGAGUCUGUCCAAAUCGAACACUGUUAUGUCCCAGUCAGCUCCGCAGUGCCCCAGGGCAAAGAGUUUAAACCAGCCACCCAUUGUGCUCCUGCCCAAAGCUGUAUAUGAUGUCAUCACCUCGGUUGACAGCAGUGGGCUCCCUAAGUCCACGUCCUUCCUUCCCCAUGAUUUAGUGAUGUGGGCAAGCUCCUUUCGACCUUUGUUGAGCAAGAUUAUGACCUGCACUGAGCAGUCUCUGUAUUACCGUCAAUGGACCAUACCCACACACAAUCAUAUGGACAGUAAAAAUAUGGCAGAAGGAAAAACAGACAACUUUCACCCCAGAAGACUGUUACUUAGUGGACCACCACAGGUAGGAAAAACCAGUGCCUAUCUGCAGUUCCUGGGUAUUUUGUCCCGGAUGCUGAUUCGGCUCAUGGAAGUAGAUAUUUACGAUGAAGAAGAAAUUAACUCAAAUGUAAUGGAAGAUUCUGUUCAGUAUCAGAAGCCUGAUGCUGUGUGGCCUGAUGUCGCUGUUUUCAAUAAGUUGCCUUUUGACUACACUGUCCAUGAUCCCAAGUAUGAAGAUGCUAGUCCAGUUUACUCCAGAGAGCAUACUUUCGGGAACGAAGGAAGCUCAAGAAAACAGGAAGAUGUCUACUUGAGGCGUCGCACAACAAGGAUGAAGUUGUCCAAAUAUGCAGCCUAUAACACAUAUCACCACUGUGAACAGUGCCAUCAGUACAUGGGCCUCAGCCCUAGAUACCAGCUCUACGAGUCUGCAUUGCACGCCUUCUCCUUUUCCUACUCGAUGCUAGGGGAGGAGAUCCAGCUUUACUUCAUCAUCCCCAAAUCCAAAGAGCAUCACUUCUCCUUCAGCCAGCCUGGAGGGCAGCUAGAGAGCAUGAAGCUUCCACUCACCUUCGACAAGAAUCCAGAUUGCAUAAAGAGUCCGAUCUUCACCCCAACAACUGGGCGACAUGAGUACGGCCUUUUCAAUCUGUACCAUGCAAUGGACGGUGCCAACCACUUGCACAUUCUGGUCAUUAAGGAAUAUGAGAUGGCAGCCUACAAGAAAUACUGGCCUAACCACAUCCUGCUGGUCCUGCCUAGCAUCUUCAAUGGAUCUGGUGUCGGGGCUGCUCAUUUUAUGAUUAAAGAGCUGUCUUACCACAACUUAGAACUGGAGCGUAACAGACAAGAAGAGCUGGGGAUUAAACCUCAGGAUAUCUGGCCAUUCAUCAUUGUGGCAGAUGACUCCUGUGUCAUGUGGAACAUGGUAGAUGUUGUACCUGCUGGAAACAGUAUGAGUAAAACAUCAUUUUCAGAGAGGAAUGUCUCUUUGAAACAUGUCCUGCAGCACAUUGAGGCAACCCCUGCAGUCACACAGUACGGCCUGUGUGGGAUGAGGAAGUGGUCCAGCAGACGCAGCACUGGGCAGUUCAGAGAACCCUUCUCCCACUGUCACCUCCACGACUUUGUGCUGCUCAACGUGGACCUCACACAGACUGUGCAGUUCAACCAGAACAGGUUUACCUGUGUUGAUGUGGAUUUCAACCUCCGUGCCCACAGCGCUGGCUUGCUCAUCUGCAGGUUUAACUACUUCAGUGUUAUGAAGAAACAAAUCGCCAUUGGAGGACACAGGACAUUUAUCAUCAAAUCAAAGGUGUCUGAUGUGCCCACAACCAUUCCGCCUUCUCAGUACAUCUGUGCUCCUGACAGCAAACACACUUUCCUGAUGGCUCCUGCUCAGCUGCUGCUUGAGAAGUACCUACAGCACACAAGCCAGAGAUUCUUCCCCAUGUCUCUGAAAAACUACGCCCAUCCAGUGCUUUCUGUGGACUGUUACCUCAACCUGGGAUUGGAGAUUGCUGUGUGUUACGUGAGCUCCCGUCCUCAUUCCAUUAACAUCAUCUGUUCUGGCCUGCUCUUCAGUGGUCUUCUUCUGUAUAUCUGUGACUCCUUUGUUACAGCAAGCUUUUUGAAAAAGUUCCAGUUCUUAAAAGGUGCCACGCUGUGCGUCAUCUGCCAGGAUCGAAACGCCCUGCGUCAGACAGUGGUCAAGCUAGAGCUGGAGGAAGAGUGGAGGUUUCGGCUGAGAGACGAAUUCCAAACAGCCAACUCCAAGGAAGACAAGCCCCUCUUCAUUCUGACAGGACAACAUGUAUGAGCCACUGUAACAGCUGUCACUACAAAGACUGAAAAAAAGGAAAAGAAAAACAACAAAAAACUGCACCAGGUUGCCACUGACAACGUAAAUACAAGGAGAAAAUCACGUGACGCUGCCAGCAAUGGUAGCUCACGGAAGAUAAGCGACAAAGUGUACAAAAAUAAAACACUGUAUAAACCAAAAACUACAAACAAAAGGUGCAGUGAAGACAGCAAGUGCAACUUUACUCUACAGGAGAUCCUGCUUUCACACCUCACUCCUAUACUUGUGGGAUCUAAAAUCCGGAAACGAAUACCUAGUCCUACACAAAUUAACCAAACCCUGACACCAGUUACACACACUGCCAUCAACGGUUUCGGCUUUGUGCCUCUGGAGCUCUGAUCCUGGUUAGACACACAAUAAUCUGAGGAGUUGACUUCUUAAACCAAAGCUCUGAUCACUGUUAAAACAUACGGUGAUCAGAGAGUUUAGCUUUUUUAGAUUUCACUUAGUAGCGUGGACUGUUUGAGUCCAAUGGCCUUGCAGCAAACCCCAGGUGUACCAACUGGACCCUUUUAUAGUUCAAGAACCUCUGCUGGGACAAACCCGUUUGCUGAUAAGGGAUUGGCAGCUGGCCAAUCACCAGCUGCUGUUCCCCGCUGCCAAACACAGCAGGUAGGAUGUUCCAAAUGGAGCGUCCGGUUCUCUAAUCUAUUUACACAAAAUCAUUUACAAUGCUAUUUACAAAAAUAACGCCCCCAACCCCCGAUCGAAAAUAAACAAAAACAUACUUUCUCAUGUGCAGAAGUACUGCAUUUGACUUUUUUAAUUGUACGGGUAUAUUUAUGUAUUUAAAUUUUGUGGAAUCACAUGAAUCAAAAAGUAAAUCUGUUUUACUCCUGCUAAUUUUUUGUUUGUCUUGUAAACACUACAAGUAAAGGUCUGUAAGAGCUACGUGCUAUUAAAUGCAAACGAGAACUGAAUCGUGAAGCUGGAAGCUUGUUUUAUAGUUUUUUUUUAAGAUACAAUGUAAGAGAUAUUCAAUUUAUAUUCUAACUUGUUUUGUUUUACACUGAUUUUUAUGAACAUACACAGUGGAAAGGAUGAAAGGACAUAUAACGCAGAUUCACUUACAAGUGGGUCUUUUGCAGAAGUGGAUUUUAUUUUUAAUAGACAAAAAGUAGUCUUUUUGCUGUUCGAAGUGUUUACAUACAGUUAAAAAUACUGAACCUACUGUGGCAUGUUAUUACUGCAAUGUGAUGCAUAUCAGUUGCACAGGGUUUCCAACAAAACAACUCUUUUAAGGAGCAACUCUCCUGUUUCAGAGGAAUUGUAUGAACAAAGCAAACUUCAUAAAUACAUUUGAAUUUAAACUGCAAUAAAUUUGAAGCACGCCCGAUCUGUAACAUGAACAAUACUGUAAUAUUACAGUAGUAGAGAACGGAAAGUAAACUUGGUGUAUCUUACAGUUGAGUGUUUAAAGUUGGACGAUCUAGUUUAUCAGUUACAUUCUUAGAAAUAAAUUCCACCUAUCGUCUAUUUUAAGUGCAUUCAUCAAAUGUUCAGUUCACAGACAAGAUGAUUCAAGUCCUUACUGUUAAUCAGUCCAUAUAGGAUAGUCAGUUUCAUUUAUAACAGAUCACUGGACCAGUUCAGUUGUGUCUUUUUUUUAUUUGUUAUCAUCUUGUCCAAGCUAUACAUGUACAUGUAGACUCUCAACUUCUAAGCAACUCAAACCAUAUUAAUUUAAACAUGCAUAUUAUUAAAGCCAAAGCACUCUGUUUGCAGUAAACACGAGUGCCUUUUUUUGGAGUCUAUACAUAAAGAGUAAGUAGCGGUGUUCUGAAAAAUAUGUCCCCACUUGCUACUACAACUGUUUAAAUAACAUACCUUUCAUUUUUAUUUUCAUUGUUAACAACUUUUUACACUUAACUUCAGAGUCUGUUUCAAAUCUCUUUUCAAAAUGGCCACUCUAGUGCACUGGGGUUUGAGAUCUGUCCUCUAAAUCACUGCAGGAAGAGCGAUAAAAAUAAAAUUAAAUAAAAAAAAGCAAAAGAAGCUAAUUAAUCAUUGCCUGAAGAAAAGGGUAUCGCAAUUUACUGUGACAGUUUUCUUUCAUACAUUGUACGCUUUGGAAAACCCGUUAAAUAAUGUAAAGCAUUAGUAUGGUUUGCUAACCUGACACUUGUAAAAUAUAAAAUCUUUUUGUAGAAUAUAGUUCACAAAGAUGUCCAGUGUUUUAGGAUUUGUCUUUUGGGCUUUCUUUUGUUAGAAAAGUGAUAUAUUUGUAUAUUUUCUAAAUAUUUUAGGUUUGAACUAUGUUGUGUAAAAAGUACUUAUUUCUGUGUGUCUAAACUUUCUUGUCUAAUAGUUUAUUUUUUUAGUAUUCAUGGCUUCUGCAUGCCUUACUUGAAAAAAAUAAAAAAAUACAAACUACUUUUGUCACAAGAGUCUCUGUCAGAUGAUCAAUUAUGUUGAAAAUCACAAUUCCCUUGUAAAUGCUUAUCAUAGUAAGAUUUGUUUGAUUUAGUUAUAUGUAAGGUAGUGGCUUUAAUUUCUUACAUUUAUAAUACUAAUUAAUUAUUGUCAUUAU